GUAAGAGUGGUUAAAGUAAUGGAAGUGUUGCGCUCAAAUAAUUCUCCAUGUAUUGAAAUUGCGCAGUUUGAAGAAUUUGAUGUACAAGUCACAGUAAAAACAGACACAGAGAAGAAGUUGAAACAAAAUGUAAACAACAAAAAGUUUAAAGUAAUCAGGGAAUGUUUACUACGGCUACUCAGUUCAACGAUUUCAUCAAAACCAAUCUUUUGUGUUGAUCUACAGAAUGAAGAUGGUAUUGCUGGAUUGCAAUGGAAGAAACACUUUUCAUCAAAGAUUAAUGUUCUCAUUGCACAGAACAAAGAAUUAGAUGCAGUCAAAAGAAACUGUCAAGUUUCAGAUUUUAUGUGGUCUGAAUUUAAUUUUUCACUUGAAAGACAACCCGGUGAUGUUCAACUUAAACAGAAAGAUGAUGAAGUCCACAUUUGUCAGUGCCAACCAAAUGUUUUGUUACAUCUGGAAGCCUUUGAUUUCAUAUUUCUUCAACCUGAGGGUCACAUGACAAAUUACUUUGAUUCAGUAUUUAGUAAUUUACGCAACGAUGGUUUGUUGUGUCUGUCAUCAUCAGACAUUUCUAUUCAGUUUACGAGGACAGCUAACGUGAUUAGGCGUUAUUGUCAUGCCCACGUGAUGAAGACUGACUACAUGAGGGAGAUGGCUGUCAGAGUUAUCAUUGGUUGUGCUGUUAGGUCAGCCUCUAGAUGUAACAAAGGACUGAAUGUUUUAUUGUCAGCCUGCAUAGAGGACACUUUUCUGAUUGUAUUAAAGGUGUGUAGGGGACCACAAAAUGCUGACAAAAGCCUCAAUCAGAUUAAAGAACAAUUGCACUGUCAGAUUUGUGAGGAGCGGUGUUUUCUUCCUGGAGGCCUUACACCAGUAGAGAAUCCGUACAGCUUAUUACCAUGUUCUUGUCAUGAAGAAGUACCUGGAAGGACUGCAGUUGUUCUGGGACCAAUGUGGUCAGGAAAAAUACUUGAUGCCACUUACAUCUCCAAUUUACUGAAGCCAUCCGAUAAGUUACCAGUAUUAAGUGAACAGUUAAAGAAGGUCCUACUGACCGUCCAGGAGGAAGCCAUCUGUUCUGAUUCCGAUUUCUCUGAAACUGUUGAAACUUUAUGGUGUGAUACAGAACCAGUCUCAAAAAAGCCAAAAUUAUGUGUCUCUAAAGAUGCCAGCAUCGACCAUCCACCAUUUUAUAUCAACAUACAUAAAAGAAGAUUCAAAGACGUUACCAUUCCAAAGAUGAGAAAACUGCUGAGCUUUUUGAGAUCUGAAGGAUACCGAGCGAGUAGAACUCAUUUUGAUCCUUAUAGUGUCAGAACCAGUGCAAAUCUAACUCAGUUCCACAAUGUUUUAUUAAAACACUGCAAGAAAAACAAGCAAUAAAUUAUGCAGAUAAAUUAUGUCCAUUUCAUAACAUUUAAUGUCACUCAAAAUGUAAUAUUUUUCAUUUAUACAGAUGAAUACAUUGCUAUGUUAGCAAUGUUUUGUUUUCUAUUUUUAUUAAACUUUGAACGUCUGACUUUUUUAAGUAUCUUUAUUUUUACACAAAUAUGAAUGAGUUCUUUGGAAUGUUGAUACAAUGAAUAUUCACAACCUUAUCUAUAAA